GAUAUGGGCACUGUGGUCCUUGGGAAGCUGGAGUCAGGCUCUAUUUGCAAAGGACAACAGCUUGUGAUGAUGCCAAACAAGCACAAUGUGGAAGUUCUUGGAAUCCUUUCUGAUGAUGUAGAAACUGAUUCAGUAGCCCCAGGUGAAAAUCUAAAGAUCAGACUGAAGGGAAUUGAAGAGGAAGAGAUCCUUCCAGGAUUUAUCCUCUGUGAUCCCAACAACCUAUGUCAUUCUGGACGCACGUUUGAUGCCCAGAUAGUGAUAAUUGAGCACAAAUCCAUUAUCUGCCCAGGUUAUAAUGCUGUGCUGCACAUCCACACCUGUAUUGAAGAAGUUGAGAUAACAGCCUUAAUCUGCUUGGUAGACAAAAAAACAGGAGAAAAAAGUAAGACACGGCCCCGUUUUGUAAAACAAGAUCAAGUAUGCAUUGCCCGUUUAAGGACAGCAGGAACUAUCUGCCUUGAGACAUUCAAAGAUUUCCCUCAGAUGGGUCGCUUUACCUUAAGAGAUGAGGGUAAGACCAUUGCAAUUGGAAAAGUUCUGAAACUGGUUCCAGAGAAGGACUAAGCAUUUUUCUCAAUGACCCCCGCACAAUACUGUGAGGAAAAUCGACUCUGCAAAAGCCUACUUCACACCGCCUUCUUAUUUUCUGCCCAUUGAUAAACUUCUCCCCAUAUUUUGCAAAGACAAAUUUCACAGCAAAGGUCCACAUUAUGUCAGCUUUCUCAUAUUGAGAGCUCUGCUAUGCCACUGUUGAAUUUUCCCAAAAAGAAUUUUUUUUUUCUCCCAAAUUCUGCUUCCUUGGAAAGAUUUGGCAAUAGCUUUGUAAGUGAUGUGGACGUAAUUGCCUAUAAUUAUGAAAAUCUAAAGGAUUUUUAAUGUUUAAUUUCCCCCAGCAUAUAUAUUAAGACCUCUUUUUUCCAGGCAGAUCAUUCAGAGUGUGCGAGUGUGUGUGCACAUGUUACAAAGACGACUACCAUGUUAAUAAACUAUUCAAUUUGAAAUCUUUUUCGGUAUUUGAAUUGCUUUUGAAUAAUGUUUUUUAUCCGGAUGUAACACAGUUGCAUUAGCUUUUUAACUUGCCAGUAACCUAGAUAUUUGGUUACUUGACUUUUCUAAACUCCUCAGCCUCCCCACACACACAGUUUUAAAUGAGGCAAUUGGGCACUCAACCAAGUUUGUAUUAAAAUAAUUAGGUUUGCCCCUUCCCUUUGUUGAAUGCAUUCUUGAAAUUACAAAAUAUUCAUGCAAAUGUGGCACCUUCAUUAGCUUUACAUUUGUUAAUAUCUUCAGCAAAUUUAGGUUGACUUAUCAUUACUAGACACAGUAAGUCAAUUUUGAAGGCUAGAACUACAUAUUGUGUCUUUAUAAAAAUUCAGCAUUAUUAAAUUCUUAACUGCAGAAAAUGCUAACAACCGGUAAAUCAGUGAAACUUGCAAAAAUAAGAGAAUUUGUGGCGAUAGUGCCUAUUAGUAUUUAUAAGAGCUGCAUUUUGUGGGAGAACUGGGCCAAUUAAAAAGUGCCAGUUAUGUAAGUUACUCAGUUCACCCUGUCUUUAAUUUAGAAGGCUGGAUAAUCCUUGCUGUUUUAAAGAUCAGUCUGAACUGAGAGGGGAAAGACUAUUUAAAUCCCUAAGAGUUUGCACACACUGAAAUAUGGGAGGGUCAGAAUCAAGCACAGUCUGUAAAUUUUUGCAUAUCAAAAAGCAGUGUAAGCUUAUGAGGACCAGUGAAGUUUUUCUUGAGAAAUUAACGCAAAACUGGUUCAAAAUAAAGCUUACUCAGUACAACUUGAAGGAGCUGCAUAAUAAAACCCUAUUUAGCUGCACUUUGAAAAUGGACUGUCUACAAUUGCUAUCCUGAUUCUAACAAUUAGGAUGAAAGCUAACGGAUUUUUUUUUCUCCCAGAGAAUUAAGUAUUAAAAGGUAUCUGCAGAGCUUCUUCAGAAUGUCUUAAACAUUUUCAGUUGUACAAUUGUGGCGAGCCCAUCUUCUCCCCCAAAAGUUUACAGUCUAGUGACUAUCUGAAUUCACAGAUAACUCAAAACUGAAACAGACUUACCUUUUUUGGGGUUUUUUUGGUUUUGUUUGUUUCUUUGUAACUGUGGAACUCCCAUUCAUUUCACUUACAGCUACAUUGUAUGGACAGAAGAAGUUAUUGUCCUUCAGUUUCAUAUGACUACACUUGUAGCUACAGUAAUGCAUGGAAUUUAAAUAAAUUUUAUUAUGUCUGCAAA